UUAACUGGCAGCUGCCGAUCGUACUGCAUAAUAUCUAGACAAAUCACCCGGUUACGAAUGUCUUAGUUCCAAGGAGACAUCAAAAGUCCAGUUACAAUGUACUCUUGUGCGACAAUCAACGCUGUGAAUCAAUACUGCAUUUUAUAUCAAAGACAUACAUAAGUAAUUCCAGUCUUCAUCCGGGACCAGAGUCGGUUUGGCAAGCGACGUCUUGCAGUUUAGAUCAUGAAAUAUUCCAUUUAACAAAGCUAUUCCUUGUCGGGCCAAUAUGUACAAUAUCUGCACUUUAACAUUUGCACCGACGAAAGGCACUAAAAUCAUUGCGUGCUCUGAGUGAAUCAUUUCCAGCAUCAAAAUAGAUAGUGCGCAUGCGUAAAUCAUAUUCACAAAUGGCAAGCACACUUAUAUAUAAGACCCACAUUUGAAAGAGGAAGUGCCUGACAGACUAAUCGACCUCCAGAGAGCUCUAGCUAAGAGAGCUUCAUUUCACCAAUAACACGGGUUUCCAUCAAGACUCACCACAGUGCGUCCAUUGGUGUCAAAAGGUAGUUUAAGCAUUUAUCGUUUGAAAAAGUGCUCAUCUUUAUUGCCAAACACCUUCAAAGAUAAGCGCCACUAAAAUUUGCCGGAUAUUGUACGAGAGGUCAUCAAAUAAGAGCCGUUUGAAACGACAUCGUCUUAUUAGAGCCUUUUGAAAGAAAGGAACUUUGAUUAGAACUUGAACGAAAAUACAGAUCCUGUCAGUGUAUUCUUAACAAGUACUGAGAGAGGUCGUUAUCCAUCGGAUACAACUAUGGUGGCCCUUUAAUAACACAGCACAUCUCAACUUCUGAUUGGAUGAAUACACUAUUAAAGACAGCUUGAUAACCAUCUGAAUCUCAUUCCGUACAACAUGGAGAAUAGUACAGUAAGUAAUUAUGAACGAGUUCCAUCUCUCGGUGUGGUCGACUACGUGCUUAUUUCUGCUUAUGUAUUCGUGAUCACUAUUGGUUUUGGAGGAAAUACACUCGUUCUUCUUGUCGUGAAGAGAAAGCGUUCCAUGCAUACAACAACCAACUACCUUUUGGCAAACUUAUCGGCUGCAGACCUAUUGACGUUGCUAUGGUGUAUUCCUGGACUUGUAACGAGCUACACCUUACAUCCGCAGGGGAAUCUGGGAGAUUUUCUGUGCAAAUUUGUAACGAUGCAUCAUGUCGCUGGAAUAACGCUCUUAGUAUCGGGUAUAACACUAACUGUACUGGCUGUAGAGCGAUAUAAAGCCUUAUUUUACCCUUUGGCUGUACGGUUAACUUUGACCAGGAAGAAUGUCAAAUACCCUAUUGUAUGCAUAUGGUUGUUAUCAAUUGCCUAUGUCGUACCGCUUUUCGUAGGGGAGAGAUUUAACCAAAAGGUGAAGUUUUGUGAAAUAGUAUGGCCAGGGGAGAACCAAGCCUUAGCAUCGAUCAUCUACUGGGGAAUACUCGCUUUUAUUACUUCAGUCUCGUUCAUUAUAAUACUAUUUUGUUAUUUUAACAUCAUCAAGGGAAUAUAUUUUACCAAAACUAUUUGUUCUCGUGGAUCGACGCACAGCAGAGAUAGCGAAGGGUCUGAGAAGCGUAAGAUUGUCAAACUAUUGUUAACUGUUACACUAGUUUUCUUGGUCUGUUUCAUUCCUUUCUGUGUGAUGUCAGUUUUACUACUAGACGCUCGUUAUGCGUUGAGCUAUAAACUCUGUUAUUUUCUCGUGUAUUGCAGCUCAAGUCUCAAUCCCUUCAUCUAUGCUUUUCAUAGUUCAAACUACAGGGAAGCAUUUCGUGACAUUCUUGUAAAAAUGACMGAAACACUACAUUGUGACUUUCCAAAAAGAUGGUCCAAUCGCUGCAGCAAUAAAAUGUCGGAUUUGGAGCUUCGCGCUACAUAUCAUCCUUCAAAUGAAAUGGCACAGAUACCACCUGCUCUAGACCCUCAAAACCAGGCUAAGCUUUUAUCAUUUAAACGGCUUGAAAAGCAAUAAACAAAACAAGACGAUGAAAUAUUCUUAAAGGGCAAUAAAUCAGAUAAAUUGCCUCUCAAAAGAUCAUCAUUUUAUUGACUAYUUUUUAGCAUUAAUGUGUUUUGGCUUCUUUUUCAUGGUACUAGACAGCUGGAACAAAUUGUGAUUGAUGAUUCUGUCAGGACUGACUUAAAUGCAAACACUUGUGGUGUGAAUUUCCCAUUCUCCUGUGUAAACUGUGUAUUUGCCAAUGAAGAAAACGGUGAAAUAACAUAGCUCCUUGUCAAGAUUGUUUACCAAUCAUG